AUGACAAGAGAGGGUUCAAAACAACCGCCUACGGCGGCGACAAACCUCAUCGCUGGAGGUGGUGCCGGCAUGAUGGAAGCUCUCGCCUGCCACCCGUUAGACACAAUCAAAGUGCGCAUGCAGCUCUCCCGUCGCGCGCGCAUGCCUGGCGCCCCCCGCCGCGGCUUCAUCAAAACCGGCGUCGAGGUCGUCAAGAAAGAAACCCCCCUCGCGCUCUACAAGGGCCUCGGCGCCGUCCUGACCGGCAUCGUCCCCAAGAUGGCCAUCCGCUUCACCUCGUUUGAGUGGUACAAGCAGCUCCUCGCCGACAAGUCCACCGGCACUGUCUCCGGCCGGGGCACCUUCAUGGCGGGUCUGGCGGCGGGCGUGACCGAGGCCGUGGCCGUCGUGACGCCCAUGGAGGUCAUCAAGAUCCGGCUGCAGGCGCAGCACCACUCCAUGGCCGACCCGCUGGAUAUUCCCAAGUACAGAAACGCGGCGCAUGCGCUGUACACUGUCGUCAAGGAGGAGGGCGUUGGUGCGCUGUAUCGCGGCGUUAGCUUGACGGCUCUGAGACAGGGAUCGAACCAGGCUGUCAACUUCACGGCGUACUCGUACUUUAAGAACUGGCUCAAGGACUACCAGCCUCAGUAUGCGGACGGCAACCUCCCCAGCUGGCAGACAACCAUCAUUGGUCUUGUCAGCGGCGCCAUGGGUCCUCUCAGUAAUGCUCCCAUCGAUACAAUCAAGACUCGCCUGCAAAAGACACCCGCCGAGUUUGGCACCACUGCGUGGACAAGAAUAACCACCAUUACCAGCGACAUGUUCAAACAAGAAGGUUUCCACGCCUUCUACAAGGGCAUCACUCCUCGUAUCAUGCGAGUCGCCCCCGGCCAAGCCGUCACUUUCACCGUCUACGAGUACCUCAAGUCAAAAUUAGAAAAGAGCAACUUGGCCUUUGUCGGCGGCAAAUAUGAGGAGUAA